ACUUGGGGAACAAAUUCACAGCUGGCUGGCUGGAGAUUCUGUUUUCCACAAAGGAAAGCAACAUAACAGUGAAAACCAUGGAAGCAAGAGGGAUCAUCUAAUGAUACUGGCUGCCAAAGAGUUGUGGGGAAUAUGAAGGGUAGCAAGGAGUUAUGGGCCAGAAGGUGCUGGUGAACAGGAGAAUCAACUCUGAAAAGGCACUGUAGUGCCACCGAAGGAUGUUUAUGGUCCCAUAAGGCUCCCAUGUGUUGGGGAGAUGUUCAGUUUGAAUGGGGGGAGGGUGAGAAGGGAGCAGCUGGAAGAGGCUCCAAACAAAGUUUGGGGAAACGUGGAACAGGGAGAAUAAGUGGGACAUGUCACUCAUUACAAGAUGACGUCCAGAGGGAUGGCAAUGAAAAAGGAGGAGAGGCAACAGAGACUUGUUGGGAGCCUCAUCUCAGGAGGAUUGUCCUGUGGAGUCCAGAAACAAAAAGAUGAAAGCUCUGAUAAAGCCCAUCGUGGGUGCUCUGCCACUUCUCCUCUUCUGCCACCUCUUGCCCAGCAGCAUCUGUCAGAAGGAGUUACUGAAUCACGUUCAGGAAUGGAACUACAGAGAAGGAGCUCUUCUCAUGUGAAUUCUGGUAUUGUAGCAGAUCAGGUGAACAUUCAAGGCAUAAAGAGUUUCACACGUAUGCUGGAGAAGUGGGGGAACAGCAUCUUUUGGCAAAUGAAACACUCUUUGUUGAGUCAUCCUAACACCCUCCUGCCAGAGUUUUCCAGCCUCCGGCCUGUCUCUGAAGCCAUUGAUAAUCUCCUGAAGCAAGUACAUUCAAUGAAGAAGAGGCUGGCAGAGUUGAAUGAGCGUCUUACUCUCAUGAGCAGGACCCUCUUUCCCAUCCGAUACAAGGCCCUGAGGAGUCAGAGGCUUAGCAGUACUCCGCUGAGGCGGCUACCGCUUAAGCAAAAGAGAAUGUACAUGGAGAGGCGACCUCAGAGGAAUUAACUCUUUUCCAAGGAGAAAUUCUGCUCAUUCUCUGUUUGAGGCCCUUAUGAAACAGCUCAAUAAAAGAC